CCGUCUUCUAAAAUAUCGGCAGCACCUAGUGUACUUACAACUACACAACAAAGUACGAUAAGUGUAACUUCUCAAAUUAAUUUCAUUGAGGAAUUAUUUGAAUUCUAUCAAUCACAGGUUAGAAUAGAUUUAAAUAGUUUUCCAAAACAACUACAAUAUUGGCUAAAAUCAAAACAAUUAGAUCCCACGUCAUUAUUCGAUUCAGUUAAAAAUGUUCCAUCUCAAAAAUUUUAUGAAUCAUUACUUGGUAUACUAUAUGAGAACGGUAUAGGAACGUUACAAGAUAAAAUAUUGGCUUUUCAUUGUUAUACAAUGGGUAAAGAUAAUAAUGAUCCAAUAUCAAAAGCUUUACUGGCUAAUGCUCAUCUCAUUGGUUGUGGUACAAAAAAGAGUGUCAAACAAGCUUAUAUGCUGUUGAAAAAAUAUUCCAACGAAGGGAAUAUUUGGUGUCAAUUUAUGUUAGCAGAAUAUUAUUAUAAUAAUACUAUCUCGAUUAAUUGUUUCGGUAAGAAGAACUUGAUGUUAAGAGAUACUAGUAAAGAAGCGUUUAUGUGGUAUAUGAAAUCUGCUCAAGGUGGUUAUAUUAAUGCUGAAUAUAAAAUUGGUGAUUGUUAUAAAAAAGGUUUUGGAGCUAUUAAAAGUAAUCUUGCCGCUUUUCAAUGGUAUUUAAAAGCCGCUAUAAAUGGGUUAAUGAUCGCACAAUAUAAGGUAGCAAAAUGUUAUCAAAAUGGAGGUUAUGAUGGUGGAAUUGGUGAAAAAAAUGAAAAGACUGAUGAAGAUGAAGCAUUUAAAUGGUAUUUAAGAGCUGCUUCGAAUAGGUAUGAAAAAGCAAUGAAAAUUGUUGCUGAAGGAUAUGAAAAUGGGUAUCAUAUUGAUAAAGAUUUAGGCGAAGCGAAAAGGUGGUAUGAACAGGCCUUGCUAUUAGGAUUAGAUUGGGCUUAUACAAAAUUAAGACAAUGGUGUGAUCAAGAUAUUAUCAAAAGUAAUGAUCCACUGUAUUAUGAGAUUAUGUUGAGAUAAUUUAUUAGCUAGUUUCAUUAUUGGUCUAUGUUAUUAAAUGCAAGGAAAACAUAUAACGAACGCUUGUAAGUCCAUCCUUCGCUAUUAGUAGCAGAUUUAAAGACUUUAUUUGAUGGGAUCUCACUAUAAUUGGUUGGAUGGUUUGUUCAAUCUUUUACAAAGUUUUAUUUUUUGACGAAUUAAAUCAUAUUAGUCAUAUUAAAAUCAAUCAAAUGGGUCGAUUUUUGACUUUCAGAGAUUUGAUUUCGAUUCUAUUCUGACUUGUGGAUUUGAUAUCCAUGAAUUGCAUCAGCAAGUAUUAAUUGACAGUUGUCAGUGACGACUGGACAUUAUUAAUGAAAACUGUAAUUUGUUAUAUAUUUAUUAAUUAAAAAAUUAAAUAAAGCC